AUGAGCCACCAUACACUAUCCGUCUUCGAUCACGACUGGCCUCUGCCUCCUCUACCUCCAUCUCGACGGGAAAGCGCAUUUUCCACCUCGACCGGUUCGUCCGGAUCAGCAUCCGCAAUCCUGGGUUCUCCGUCGUCACCAUUCUACUCCACGCCCAUCAGCCCCGCGACCUCGCCGGGGACGAGGUCAAGGGUCCCCUCGCUGCAUGACGAUGUCACUCGCUUACAGCUCAAUCCGGCCGUGACGAUAUCAUUCGUGCGAAAUAGCAAACUCUUCAAACUACGAUAUACCUACAUCGACAUCUGCAAGGAUGCCACAGGCACCCUCCGCGGGCUGGAGCUGGGGGGCGGGAUAGGGCAGAAUUCGCCUUUUAUCCAUACCUUCCACGGCACAAAACUCCCCGUGCCUCACCUCGAACAUCCCAAACUCCGCGACGAACCCUCCCUACGCAUCUCCUUUCUAGAAGAGCAGACCGUCCAAAGCGCAAGCACGGUCUUUAACACCCAGCUCUCAUAUACCUUUGAGGACUGGCGGGACUGUGUCCAAUUCCAGGAACUCAUCCUCGCCGCGAGACUCGUUUUUAUUGCCGGCAUCGCCGAAGCAAAAUCCAAGGGCCGCGGGGAGGAAUGUAUCAGCCAGAACUUACGGGUCUUCCGCGGGCACAACGGAAAACUGGUCAUGCUUUUUUUUGCCAACUCGCAGCGCAAGGAGCUGAAACGAUAUGUUUCGAUUCCUGUAAAUUGCAUCGAGACGGUCAAUCCCGGCAAGAAAGCCGGUCGGCCCGUGGUGCUAGAGCUACAGCCAAACUUUGAUAUCCUGGCGCAGAUGAAAGUGCUGAACAUCCAGUUCCUGGACGAUCAGGAUCGGAAAGCAUUUUGCGCGUUUCUGACCAAUCAGAUGUUAUGA